AUGGACCCGAUUGAGACACUGGACGACUUGGUCGGGGCGGCCGAGAGUGGUAAAUACGGUAUCAUCACUCUGUCUAACUCAGCCUAUUAUGACACAUUUGCGUUGGCCGAGUGUUGCGGCGCAUAUCAUACCAUCGGCGAAGCCAUUAAGACCACUGAACAGGCCAUUAAAGCACCCGACACUACCGCUCAGGGCAUUCAACUUAUCAUAGAUCGAAGCGAUGAUAGGUAUGGUAUUAUAUUUAUCAAUACGCAUAUAUCGCUGGCACACGGGGUCCGGAGCGGAGCUACUGUUGAUAUGCAUAUAUCUGCCGAGACUCUGAUGAUGGACCACAUGGGUAUGGCGUUGCAAAAGGGGUCACCGCUGUUGAACCAUAUGAACAACGUCUUCUGCUCCAAAACCUGGCGACACUACCACCUCUACAACACCCAAAUCUGCAAUAAUCACUACAACACCCCUAACGACGACCACGACUGAGUCCAGUGAUGGGGCAAAUAUGGGGACCGUUAAUCCAGUUAUAAUUUUGCUAGUUGCAUUUGUGACCAAUAUUAUUAUA